AAAGUGACGUCGCCGGCGACGUUUAUCCUGCAAUAAAUACGAAAUAGGAGGAAAAUUGCAUCAGAAAUCUCUUGCAUUUGUGACAUCUCGUUGCACUUUAUUACAGAAGAUUUUUUUGCGGAAAUCGUGAGCAAAAAUGCCCGGGGAAAGCGAAAAUCCAAUUUACACGUCUGAGCAACACGGCAAUGACGAAACCGGUCUUGGCACCCAAGACAAACCGUUCAAAACCAUCCUCCGCGCCAUGCGGCACGCUGGUAAAGAACCAUUUCCUACCAUCUUCGUGGACGGGAAAGAAGGCGCGAAAUUCGAACCCGCGUCUAAAACUCAAUUGAAAAAAAACAACAAAAUUUGGGUUAGGGAGUCUUACAAACAAGUGGAAGCCAAUAAAAGAGAGGAAGAAGACGCCGCUAAACGCGAGAAGAAUUUGGAAGAAGCGAAAAAGGUUAUAAUUAGUGAAGAUAAGUCCUUAGCAGUGGCGAAACGGGUGAAAGUUUGUCAAGGGAAAGAAUAUAGAGACCAAAGGGUCAAAAUUUAUGGUUGGGUGCACCGGUUGAGACGACAGGGCAAAAAUUUGAUGUUCAUUACGUUACGGGAUGGUACUGGGUUUUUGCAGAGCGUUUUAAGUGACACGCUAUGUCAAACCUACAACGCUGUAGUGUUGUCAACCGAGUCGUCCGUUUUGUUGUACGGUACAUUGAAGGAAGUCCCAGAGGGAAAAAGCGCCCCCGGUGGACACGAAUUGAUUGUUGAUUUCUGGGAGUUGAUCGGAAUAGCGCCACCUGGUGGAGCCGACGCCAUACUAAACGAGCAAGCGUUGCCAGAUGUACAGGCCGAAAAUAGACAUAUCAUGAUUCGUGGCGAAAACACGUCCAAAGUUUUGAGAAUGAGGUCGGUUCUUCUUCAGGCGUUUAGAGACCACUAUGCGGAUCGGGGUUACUGCGAAGUGACACCACCGUCAAUCGUUCAAACGCAGUGCGAAGGAGGCUCAACUUUAUUCAAACUCGACUACUUCGGGGAAGAAGCCUACUUGACACAAAGCUCUCAACUAUACUUAGAAACGUGUUUACCAUCCAUGGGUGAUGUUUUUUGCGUAGCGGAAAGUUUCAGAGCGGAACAAAGCAGAACUAGACGACAUCUAGCAGAAUACACACACGUGGAAGCUGAGUGCCCCUUCAUAAAUUUCGACGACUUACUCGACCGUCUGGAGGACUUGAUUUGUGACGUCGUAGAUCGAGUGCUUAAGUCACCCUACGCCGACAUUGUAUACGAACUGAACCCUAACUUCCAAAUUCCAACAAGGCCGUUCCUUAGAAUGAACUACACUGAAGCUAUUGAGUACUUAAAGAAGAACAACAUCACGAAAGAUGAUGGCUCAUUUUAUGAAUUCGGCGAGGACAUUCCAGAAAUGCCUGAACGCAAAAUGACUGAUCAAAUCAACAAACCGAUUAUGUUGUGUCGCUUCCCGGCCGAAAUUAAAUCCUUCUAUAUGCCUAGAUGUCCUGAAGACAACCGUCUGACUGAGAGCGUUGAUGUUUUGUUACCCAACGUCGGCGAAAUCGUGGGUGGGUCCAUGAGGAUUUACGAUUUGGAAGAGUUGAUGGCUGGGUAUAAAAGGGAGGGGAUUGAUCCUACUCCGUAUUUCUGGUAUACGGAUCAGAGGAAAUACGGGACUUGUCCACAUGGUGGUUAUGGUCUCGGGUUGGAGAGGUUCGUCUGCUGGUUGUUGAACCGGUACCAUAUUAGAGAAGUUUGUUUGUACCCGCGCUAUUUGAACCAUUGUAAACCAUAAAUAGCUUGGAAAAGCUGCUGAACAUGCAUUUAUAAUAUUUUCACUUAAUUCUGCAUUAAAUGUUGAAACACU